AUGCAUGGAGUCGGUAUCAUUCGUUGUAUUGUGGGCGUCAUUGGCAAUGUCAUUUCUGGUUUACUAUUCAUCUCACCAAUGCCAACAUUUUGGAGAAUAUGCAAGAAAAAGAGCACAGAGGAAUUCCACCCAUAUCCAUAUAUUGCAGCCACGAUGAACUGCAUGCUUUGGAUUUUCUACGGCCUACCCGUCGUUCAUCCCGACAGCAUCCUAGUUAUCACAAUAAAUUCCUUCGGCCUAGCCUUGGAGUUUAUUUACCUCUUUAUUUUCUUCAUCUACACCUCCAAGCAAAAGUACAUGUGGAUUAUAAUGAUGUACCUUCUAUGUGAGCUUGUUCUUUUGGGAGUGAUCAUUGUCAUCACUAUUCUUUGCUUCCAUACACAUGAAAAGAGGUCCAUGUUCGUCGGCAUCCUCUGCGAUAUUUUUGGGAUUAUUAUGUAUGGUUCUCCUCUUUCCAAAUUGUAUGAUGUUUAUAAGGAAAAGAGUGCAGAGUUCAUGCCGUUUUGGCUUUGUGUUGCUGGUUUUACGAAUGGGAUUACUUGGACCAUUUAUGCCUUUCUCCAGAUUUUUGAUCCUUAUAUUGCUGUUGGAAAUGGGAUCGGAGCACUGCUUGGUCUCAUUCAACUCACUGUGUUUGCUUAUUACACUAUCAAAGCUAAGAGUAAUGCUUCAAAUAGUGAAGCAAAGUCAGGCGAUAUGCAGCUCUCAAACCCACCGCCAAUUUAAUUUUAUGAUCAUGAUUUAUCUUAGAAAAAGAAAGAAAAAGGAAUUAAUUAGAUUAAAAUUUCGAGGACAAAAUUAGAUUAAAAUUUCGAGUAUAAGGUUAAUAGUUUUGUAGGCCCUAAAAAUAGGGAUAUUCUGUUUUCAAUUUCCAAUCACGAUUUUUAGCUAUUUUGUACAUGAUGGUUGC